AUGGAAACGUUGGGGGAGUAUAAAUGUCGAAACUGCGACAUGGCCUUUCGCUCACUGGGCCUUCUGGAUAAACACAGAGAACACUUCUGCAUCGGAAGCGACAUCGGGGACCCCCUGAUUUUAAAGCAGAGGAAUUCCAAGUUCAUGGAACCGGAGGACAGCGAGUGGGGGCCAGGUCCCAAAAAGGCCGAGACCCCUGAAUUUAUUAGGCAGAGAGAGCCGAGGAACGAGCUGGCGGGGCUGCGGAGGUGGCGCGAGCGGGCCGGGGACAUGGAGGGGCCAUCUGGGAAAGAGCAGAACCUGGGCGGCCAUGUGUCAAACAGCCUCGCGCUCAGGAAGCUCACAGAUGAGUUUCACAAGCUCAGGAUGUCAAUCGAGGAGAGCAUGCCUACCUGUCCCACGCAGUGGGAUCACAGGGAGAGAGUGCAGGAGAUGGCGGAGAGACACGGACAGCAGCUAGCAGAGAUACAGGCGCACAACCGUCAGCUGGAGCAGCAGAGGGAGGAGAUUGGGCGUCAGCUGGCAGAACUGGCAGGCCUAGGAAACACAGCCAACCUGGAGAAGCUGCUGUUAGAGCUGCAGGAGCAGGAGGAGAGGAAUGAGGAAGCUCUGCUGCAGCUGAAGGGGCAAAUCCAAACUCUGCAGGAUCAGCAGGGGGCGAAAGAAGAUAGUGUCCGACCUGACUCGCCCACCACAGGGUCACAUGAGGACAGGAAGUCACAGAACAUCAACUUUGACCUCAUUUCCUUUGGGGACGGACCUCUCUCAGGCCAAAUCAGGGCUCUGAGGCUGGCCUACGUGCAGUCAGGCGGCUCUGAUCCGGUGGUUCUGGCCCAGAUGCAUGACCUGCAGGCCGAGGCCCACGUGCUGGAGCGGGCCAGGCGCAAAGCGGAACACAAGGGCUGCAAAAAGAGAUCGAAGCCCUCACAGCGGGCGCUGGACUCCGAGCUGCUGGCAGUGGAGCUGGAGAACCAGCGGCUGGAGGAGGAGAUCCUGAGGAUUCAGAUGGCCAGGGAGAGACACCGCGGGGAGGAGGCAGCGGGAGCAGAACUGCAGCAGAUGCAGAGGGAGCAAAUUCAUCAAAUGGCCGCCGUGCAGGCGGAGAUAGAGUACCUGCGCAGAGAAGUGGAGAGGGCCAAGGAGCACCCCCGGGAACGCAGUCAUGUCUGUUUCCAGGAGCAGGCCAGGCCCACGCUGGGCAGGCCUGUGCUUGACCCCCUGGAAACGCUUGGCCCUGCGCCCUAUGACCCGGGGGCAGGUUUUGUGAUAUUCUAUGACCUGGUGCUGGGUCUGGACGCCACCCUUCGCACGGUGCGUCUGUUGGCGGGGCUGUACGCUGGUGGUCAGGAGAUAGGGCGUCCUGUUCCCCUGCCGGCUGUGCCGUGCCAGCCCGGGGGAGGCCUGCCUUAUGCCUACGGCGUGCCCAUGGGAAACUACGCUACACUGGCUGUCAAACAGCCCGUGCCAAGGAUGCAGCCUUCACCUUCCCUCUCCCUGGUAGUUGAGCUACAGGCAGCUGGUGGCCUGGACUCUUACGGCCAGGAGGUCCAGCGUCUGGUAUCUAGGGGCUGGGCCCAGCUAGACCUCUUUGAUGAGCACAACCAGGUCCAGAGCGGUCACUGGAGGGUCCCCUUCCGUGCUCUCCCACUUCGACCCUCACUCAGCACUGGGCAGCUGAACUCAGUCCCUCAGGUUGGCAGUAUGGAGCUUUGUUUGCGGAUUGCCAAUGCCAGGGAUGGGGAUGUGCAGUCCCUUGUAAAUGUUGAGCCAGGCAAUGCCAGCCAGUAUAAGUACCCCUCCAUGGUAGGUUGCAUCAAAUCAUCUGUCUCCUGA